UUUUAGACGAACAGAGAUAACCAUAACCUGUUUUGAUUUACCCAAGAUACUUAUUCUCUUCUUUUUUUUAAAAAAAAAGGAUAAGGUUUGAGUUUGUGAGGCACAGUUUAUUUGUUUUUUGUCAGAAUAAAUACUUUGUUGUUUACUACAAUUAUAUCAAUGCAUGUCACUCAGUUAUAUGCGUGUUUUAAUUCAUUAUAAGGAAUGCUUGUCUCCAUGUACACAUUUUAGAAGUCGCAUAUAAAAAGAGAAUUGGUAUCUAGUUUGGUAUUGUUUGUACUCAUGGCUCGCAUACUUUCCUUAGUAGUUUCUUCAAUCAUUGUGUUUGCAACACUUGUCCAUGGAAGAACUCAUAUGCUUUUUCCUCAUGCUGUUUCUGAUGUGGGCGACUGUAAAGGUGAAGAAUGGGAAAACGAGGCUCAAACUUGUAAUGUAUAUCUCAGUUAG